AUGCGUGAUGCCAUGGUUAUUGUCCAAUAUGAUGGCAGUAUCACCUGGAUGCCACCCGCAAUCUUCAAAUCUUCGUGUAAAAUUGACAUCAAACGGUUUCCGUUUGAUGAACAGACGUGCCAUAUGAAAUUCGGCUCGUGGACUUACGAUGGGAACCGAUUGGACAUGACUUUUAUUAAUAACGAGUCACAGGUAUUGUUGGACGAUUACACGGAGAGUAACGAGUGGGAAAUUAUUGCUCGCCCGGCACUAAGAAAUGUGAAAUACUAUCCGUGCUGUAAGGAACCGUAUCCAGAUCUGACCUACUUUCUUUUGUGA